AUGACUGUCUCCUUCAAAGAUCCGCAACGGCUAACUGGCGAUCCAUCCCGCGACUCUCUCGAACUCGCCUCUCUCGCCGCCUCCUCGGAUUCCGACGCACACCACCAUCGGCAACGCCAAUCCGGCAGCUCCAGUCCCUCGGGCAUCUCCUCCUCGCGUAAGGCCUCUGUCGAUCUCCAGGACCCCCUCUCCUCGACCCCUCUCCGCGAUGCCGCCUCCUCCACCCCCCGCUCGCGCAACGCCCGCUCCUACUCCGUCUCCUCCGCCUUCGACUUCGGCAGUACCCUCUUCCCGCUCUCCCAGACCGUCAGCGGGUAUACACCGCUCGGCGCACCCUCCUCCGUGUUCUCGCUGGACAGACACCAUGCGGCUGCCGACAGCUUGCUGGAACGGCACAAGACCCUCUCGUAUCUCAACGGCCUGUCAUUGAUCAUCGGCCUGAUCAUCGGAUCCGGCGUCUUCUCGUCGCCGGGCCAGGUCAACUCGAACGCCGGAUCACCCGGUGCCUCGCUCAUCGUGUGGGCCGUCGCGGGUGUGCUGGCCUGGACUGGCGCGGCGAGCUAUGUAGAGCUGGGCGGCGCGAUACCGCUGAACGGCGGUGCGCAGGUGUACCUCUCCAAGAUAUUUGGGGAGCUGGCGGGGUUCCUGUUUACGUGGUCAGCGGUGUUUGUCCUAAAGCCAGGUUCUGCCGCCAUCAUCUCGAUCAUAUUCGGCGAAUAUGUCGUCCGUGCGGUCGUAGGGGCCGACGUCGAGACGGUUAACCCCUGGAUUAACAAAGGCGUGGCUCUUCUGGGGCUUCUGGUUGUCACGGCCGUGAACUGCAUAUCCACGCGCCUGGCUACCCGCAUCGGCGAUAUGUUUAUGUUUUUCAAGUUUCUGGCGCUGCUGGGUGUCACUGUUAUUGCCAUCGUCGUUGCUGCUACGGGCCUGUCGUAUAACGAUGAGGCUGACCGGAAAUGGCUGACCACCAGCUGGUUCGAGGGCACCAGCACCGACGUCUCAAGCUGGGCUGUAGCUCUCUAUGCGGGCCUGUGGGCGUUUGACGGCUGGGAUAACACAAACUAUGUGACCGGCGAGUUCAAAAACCCCAGCCGCGACCUGCCCCGUGUAGUCCACACCUCCAUGCUGGCCGUGAUCCUAAGCUACAUGCUCGCGAAUGUCGCAUACUUCUUCGUCCUUCCCUCCACCACCCUCAACGCCACAAACACCGUCGCCGUCCAAUUCGGCGGCAAGGUCUUUGGCCCCAUCGGCGCCCUCGUCUUCGCCCUCGUCGUCUCCGCCAGCUGCUUUGGCGCUCUGAACGCGACGACUUUCACGGCCGGGAGACUCGUCUACGCCGCUGGGCGCGAAGGGUACCUGCCCUCCCUCUUUGGGAACAUCGGCAUAGCGGGCUCCGCAAGCACGUCAGCGGAUAUCAGCGGCGGCAGCAGCCGUCUGCGCCAUCGCUCCUGGUUCCACAAGGCGCUCAUCCGCCUGUUCGGCGACGACAUCGGCAUCGCCUACACACCCAUCAACGCCCUGCUUUUCAACAGCGCGCUGAUAAUCCUGUACAUCAUCGUGGGCGAAUUCGGCACGCUGGUGACCUUCUACGGCGUGGCCGGGUAUACGUUCUAUUUCCUGACUGUGCUGGGGCUUAUUGUCCUGCGGAUCCGGGAGCCGUAUUUGGAACGGCCGUACAAGACGUGGAUUACGACGCCGAUUAUCUUCUGUUGCGUCAGCUUGUUUUUGCUUAGUCGGGCGGUGUUUGCGGAGCCGUUGAAGACGCUUCUUGUGCUUGGCUUUAAUGCGGUGGGUGUGCCAGUUUACUUUUGGAUGAUCGGGAAGAGAGAUGGCAAGAGCUGGUGUAAGGGGGUGAGGGAGAUGGAGGGAGUGGGUUGGUGGAAGUUUUGGAAGCGGUGGGAACGGCCGUGA